GUUGAUAAUAGAGUUGAAAUUAUUACAGGUUACAGGGUUCAUCAUUCUCGUCAUUUGCUUCCUGUCAAAGGUGGAAUAAGAUUUUCACCGGAAGUUGAAGAACAGGAAGUUACAGCAUUGGCAGCAUUAAUGACUUAUAAAUGUGCUAUUGUCGAUGUCCCGUUUGGAGGUGCUAAAGGUGGCAUUUCUGUUGAUCCAGGCAAAUAUACUGCUGCGCAAUUAGAGAGAAUUACACGUAGAUACACCGUCGAACUAUGUCAAAAGGCGUUCAUCGGUCCGGGUAUAGACGUACCAGCACCAGAUGUAGGCACAGGUGCCCGCGAAAUGUCUUGGAUAAUGGAUACUUAUCGGCAAUUUCAUCCUAAUCAGGUGGAUUCUAUUGGUUGUGUUACUGGAAAACCAAUAUCACUUGGUGGAGUUCGCGGAAGGAAUGAAGCUACCGGACUGGGUGUUUAUUAUGGAAUUCGUGAAUUCAUUUCGUAUCCAGAAGUACAAAAACAUACUGGGUUAAGUGGAAAUGUUAAGGAUUUAAGGAUUGUCAUACAAGGGUUCGGAAAAGUCGGAUAUUGGGCGGCUAAGUUUUUUGAAAAAAAUGGGGCCAAGGUUAUCGGUAUUGGCGAGAAAGAGUGUGGA